AUAAACUCAGGCUUGCCUCAAGGUAGCUGUUUAUCUCCAACAUUAUUUAAUAUAUAUACAGCCCAACUACACGAAAUCAACAAUCCUCACACGCACCUAUUUCAAUUCGCUGACGACCUAGCCAUAGUAUCCACAAACUCAAACAAAACAGCAGCAGUUCAAAAUUUACAAGAUAAAAUAGCAGAAUUACAGUUCAACAUAUCAAUCAACAGCACAAACUUGGAACAAGUCCAAUGUUUUAAGUGGUUAGGAAGAACCAUCAGCGCAAACUCAACUGUCAAGGUACAUAUUAGCAACAUUAAAAAAGCUGUAACUCCAGGUAAAAACCUCAUUUCGAAAUUAACAUCAAUUAAAGCAGGAAUCUCCCCUAAAACCUCAAUAAAUCUGUUUAAAGCAUUCGUCCGGUCCAAAGCUGAAUAUGCCAGCACCAGUUACGCCAAUGCACCAAAAGGUUACAACAAGCAACUUCAAACGAGCGUUAAUGAAACUCUACGGAGAUGUCUAGGAGUACCACCUAACACCCCAACACUUAUGCGAUACGCGCUAGCCUGCGAACUCCCACCUCUAUCUAGAGCAGUGUGGCUGACAGCUAAAGAACUGGUCAAACAAUGGUUCCUCAACCCGGCACUAAGAACACAAUUACAAGACAAACCGGCCAUAAAUUCAAGCUAUAGUAGAACAUAUGAAAAAUUCAAAGUAACCAUAAACAACAUAGACACAAAUGUUGCCUUUAACAGACAUAACAAUAUUACCCUUUUUCAAUCUGAAUUAUCGAACUCAAAAAAAAAUUUCUCCUCCACACAACUUAGAGCAAUUUAUAACCAAAAAAUCAACACUUUGAAGGAUGAUGGCUACAACAUAUAUGCGACUGAUGCAUCGGUGAUGGCAAAUAAAGUUGGAUGUGCAGUGUACGUGGAAACAACCAAUGUCUCAUACCUUUUUAACAUAGACGGAAAUUUUACCUCAACCUACGGUGAGCUAGUUGCACUAUCUCAGGCAGCUACAAUAGCAAGCAACAGCGGGAACAAAAAGAUAGCAAUUUUCACAGACAGCCAGGCAGCAAUCAAAGCCCUCGACAAUCACACCACACAGAACUUCCUUGUGGCAGAAAUUCACAACAAACUACACAGAUCCAACAUUGAAAACAUAAUGAUAGUACGGACACCCAGUCAUGUUGGGAUAACAAUAAACGAAAAAGCCGACAUUGCUGCAAAAACUGCAAUUGAUUUCGCAUUACAGGUCAGAUACCUGUAAUACGUGCAACACUAAGGAAACGGCGGAACACCUUAUAUUCGACUGCAGUACUUACAGCACUCUAAGAAAUGAGUAUACGCUUUUCCAAACGUACCACAACUUCAAACAAAUUCUGCUUUCAAAAAA